CCGCCCGGCCCGAGCAUGGAGACGGCGGAGAAGGAGUGCGGCGCCCUGGGCGGGCUCUUCCAGGCCAUCGUCAACGACAUGAAGAGCUCCUACCCCAUCUGGGAGGACUUCAACUCCAAGGCCACGAAACUGCAUUCCCAGCUGAGGACCACUGUGCUGGCUGCUGUGGCCUUCUUGGAUGCCUUCCAGAAAGUGGCAGACAUGGCCACCAACACCCGAGGGGCCACACGGGACAUUGGUUCGGCGCUCACGCGCAUGUGCAUGCGCCACCGCAGCAUCGAGACCAAGCUGCGGCAGUUCACCAACGCGCUGCUGGAGAGCCUCAUCAACCCGCUGCAGGAGCGCAUCGAGGACUGGAAGAAGUCGGCCAACCAGCUGGACAAGGACCACGCAAAAGAGUACAAACGAGCCCGGCAUGAGAUCAAGAAAAAGUCUUCAGACACGCUGAAGCUGCAGAAGAAAGCACGCAAAGAGCUACUUGGGAAAGGAGACCUGCAGCCUCAGCUGGACAGCGCCCUGCAGGACGUCAACGACAUGUACCUGCUGCUGGAGGAGACAGAGAAGCAGGCAGUGCGCCGGGCCCUGAUCGAGGAGCGCGGGCGCUUCUGCACCUUCAUCACGUUCCUGCAGCCCGUGGUGAACGGCGAGCUGACCAUGCUGGGAGAGAUCACCCACCUGCAGGGCAUCAUCGACGACCUGGUGGUGCUGACGGCAGAACCCCACAAGCUGCCCCCCGCCAGUGAGCAGGUGAUCAAAGACCUGAAGGGCUCAGACUAUAGCUGGUCCUACCAGACGCCCCCGUCUUCACCCAGCGGCUCCGGCUCACGGAAGUCCAGCAUGUGCAGUGCCCCCAGCAGCAGUAGCAGUGCCAAGGGUGGCGGAGCCCCGUGGCCUGGGGGUGCCCACACAUACUCACCCGGUUCCACCUGUCGCUACCGCAGCCUGGCACAGCCAGCCGCCGCCCGCCUCUCCAGUGUCUCCUCCCACGACUCUGGCUUCGUCUCCCAGGACGCCACCUACUCCAAGCCCCCCUCACCCAUGCCUUCCGACAUCACCAGCCAGAAGUCCUCCAGCUCUGCGUCCUCAGAGGCCUCGGAAACCUGCCAGUCCGUUAGCGAGUGCAGCUCCCCCACCUCGGACUGGGCCAAGGCGGGCCCCCAUGAACAGCCCUCGGGCACCAGCCUACAGCGGAGGAAGGACAGAGCGGAGCACCCCCGAGACACGGAGCCAGGCCUGGCCAGUGGGGGCACCCUGGGCCCCAGCGGAGAGGAGGCGCCACGACCCCGCAUGUCCCCUGCCACCAUCGCAGCGAAGCACGGUGAGGAGGUGUCCCCCGCGGCCAGUGACCUGGCCAUGGUGUUGACCCGCGGCCUGAGCCUGGAGCACCAGAAGAGCAGCCGGGACUCGCUGCAGUACUCCAGCGGCUACAGCACGCAGACCACCACGCCCUCCUGCUCUGAGGACACCAUCCCCUCCCAAGGCUCCGACUACGACUGCUACUCGGUGAACGGGGACGCGGACGGCGAGGGCCCAGCCGAGUUCGACAAGUCCUCCACCAUCCCCCGCAACAGCAACAUCGCCCAGAACUACCGCCGCCUGAUCCAGACCAAGCGCCCGGCCUCCACCGCGGGGCUGCCCAGCGCCUCGGGUGCGCCCCCCGGCGUGGCCACCAUCCGCCGCACGCCGUCCACCAAGCCUGCCGUGCGCCGCGCGCUCUCCAGCGCCGGCCCCAUCCCCAUCCGGCCGCCCAUCGUGCCCGUGAAGACGCCCACGGUGCCCGACUCCCCCGGCUACGCGGGGCCCACGCGAGCGGGCAGUGAGGAGUGCGUCUUCUACAGCGACGAGGCCGCCUCGCCCCUGGCCCCAGACCUGGCCAAGGCCUCCCCGAAGAGGCUGAGCCUGCCCAACACGGCCUGGGCCAGCCCGGCCCCCGAGGCGGCCGGCUACGCAGGGCUGGCGGCGGACGACGAAGACCAGCAGCGGCAGCUGGCCGCCAACCGGCACAGCCUGGUGGAGAAGCUUGGGGAGCUGGUGGCGGGGGCCCAUGCCCUGGGCGAGGGCCAGUUCCCUUUCCCGUCCGGCCUGGCCGCCGCCGCUGCCGCCCCCACCGAAGAGACGCCCAGCCCGCCCCCUGCCGCCUCUGGCGAGCCCCCGGCCGAAGACAUGCUGGUGGCCAUCCGCCGCGGGGUGCGGCUCCGCAGGACCGUCACCAAUGACAGGUCGGCGCCCCGCAUCUUGUGAUGGCGCCACCCUCCCGCCCUGUGGCCCCCGCGAGAGGCAGGUGGCCUGGCAGGUGACCCGCAGCCGCUCAGAGCCAAGGCACAGCGAGGAGACAGCAGAGCCAGGCAAGCUUUCGGAUUUUUGUUUAAGUCACGUGGGAUGGAAAGACACUCAUCUUGGAUUUCAGCAUUUAAACGGGAAGUGACUUCUUUAACAAAGCUCACAGCUCUGAGCCUGCAGGUCUUGAACUGGGUUUGGAGCCUGUUUUGUAUGUUUCUUGCCUGUUCUGCUGCUCCUCUUCCUCUUCCACAGGACCUGCCUCCCCCCCCCC